UAGUCCGCCUCCGCGUGGUGCAGCCUGGGUAAUGCUAAAUGGACUACACAACCCCUAAUCCAAGAUGUGAUGCGACCCUUGUCGAGGGAUGGAUGGUGAGGGGGGUUUCAUCAAAUACCUAGCCGCUAACGGAGCCUAUGGGGGUACCAGAGCGCAACCCAUCAGUAAUAAAUGCUCUUACUGUGUUACGGCAGGGCACUGACGCAGUGGACCGUAUAUUUCCCUAGCGACUCGUGGGAUCCAAACAAUGAGCACAACAAACAACACAACAACAAACCAACAGGGUCCCGAUGCACCCCAAGCAUCGGAAAACAAACCGGAUGCUGAAAAGCUUCCAAAAAUAACAACAGUAGCACCAGAGGCUGGGGAACAAGCGAUAAAACAAGAAGUGGUGCCUGCAGUGGAAUCAACACCUCAAAGUGGCACCACUGUUGAAGCUGAGAUGGCAACGGAAACGAAGCCGGAUACUGCUUCCAACGAAGAAUCAAAACCGGAAGCCAUGGAAGUUACUUCUUCUGAAGAAACAAAAGCCGAUAUUGCUUCAUCGAGUGAAGUAAAGACUUCUAACGCUGGUGAUGCCACCGGAGCGAAAGAUGGGGAAACACAGCCCCGACCUCGUCUUAAUGGUGCGGCAAGGAAGCGCUUUAGAUGGUUGAUCAAAGAGGGUUAUAGCCGCGAAGAGGCGAUAAGCUUAGCGAAAGAACCACUCAAACUCAAAGCGAUUCGCGAAAAGAAAGAUUUUAAAACAGACCAAAAGAAUCUCAGUGGAGCGAGCAAAAAACGUCUGAAGUGGUUAGUGACAAACGGCUAUACCAUGGAGGAGGCACUUAAACUAGCCCGCGAACCACUGAAACGAUCUCGAACGGAUGGCCCGUCGUCCGAAGAUCCGCCGACACCGAAACGAAUGGCUGUCGUUCCGAAAGAUUAUCCGGUCACGCACCUCACGAGAGCACAAGCUGAAAAAGUCAAAUCAGCAAUACUGAAACAGGUCGUUUUGCAGAAAGAUGCCGACUUUAAGCCACGAUUCGAGGAUUGCGAGUUUGUCAAUGGUUACCUCUUGGUUCAAUGUGCAGACUCUAAAACACCUACAUGGCUGGUAGGAGCCGUACACAAACUAGAGUUGUGGGAAGGAGCUUCUCUCAAAACGUUGUCUGAGCAAAAUUUAUUGAGGUUGGAAGUUUUUGUUGGCCGUUUCGCUGAUAGCCACCAGGACAGCAACGAAGACAUUCUCGACUUUGUAAAGUGUCAGAACGACGGCAUGAAAACCUCGAAGUGGAAAAUUAUUCGCCGCAAAGAUAUAAAACAGGGUAAGGUUGUCGAGCUGAUGUUCACUAUGAGCAAAGCGUCUGCCAGAAUCCUCCACAACCAAGAUUAUAAAUUGAAUUACAAGUUCGAAAAAGUGUUGAUUAGCAAGAAGGAUAGGGCGGGGACCGGAGGGGGGACAAGAACAACAACAGCAAGCAACACGAAUCAGAGUAGUACCAACCGAGUUCCGCCAAGAAGAGGUCCUAGAGAACAUAAACCAUCCUCGUCUUCUUCAUUUGUUCCCAUUUGGGACAGUAAUCUACCAAAGGGUGGUAACUAUAUGAGAGCCCCUAAUUCACAAAAAUGGACUGGAACUGUUCAAAGUCGUGGCCAUGUCGGAAGCUCAAACCGUAAUAACAAUAGCAGCCUAAACGAUGGUAAUUCCCGUAACGGAAGUUCAUUCGGUAGCAGCUAUACUGGGGGAGCAUCGUCUCAAUCGGGCAGCUUGCAUUCGUUGAGCCUAAUCGACAAUUUGUAUGAUCAGCUCAGUCGCACCAUAACCGGUUCCAUUGGAGGCAAUUCCAGCCUGCAAGAAACGGGUGGCAAUUUUGAUCGAAAUAGAUCCCAAAGGGGCUCAGAACCCUAUGAUCCCAGCGAUUGUUUCCGUGAGAGCAGAUCUCGUGAUAGCUUCGAUCGGUACGGAUCUCGUCGCGGCAACAACUUCAGCAGCAAUUUUAAUAAUCCAUCAUCUGGUCGGGCCACCAACGGUGGCAGUAGCUCAUAUAACCCUUAUUCCAGGCGGAAUAGUAAUAUCCGAGAAAAAGGAAAUAUUUUCACAUCGUCGCGAUUUUUCUAGCUGUUGUUUGAAAGAAAUGCCAUUUCAGUGACAUAAAUUAUAAAUGAAAAUUUGGGAAAUAAAUCUAGCGAUGCGGAAUAA